GGAGCCUCUUCCUGUCUCUUCCCCCCAGUCCCCUCCUCGGAAGUAGACGUAUCUGUCUAUAUUCCGUUCUUUUAUUUUUAUAUAUAUAUUUAAGAAACACCCUUUUCCCCCCAAAGUAGCACCAUGGACGCCGGGAUGGACGAGUGAACCGACGGACGGGACCCGGAUUCCGCCUCUUUCCGUUCCCUUGUGCUUCGUGGACCGGAUGAAACCCAAGUGUCGCUCCGCCGGGGAGGUCGCUGUAUCCAGUGGGGAGGUCGGCUCAACCAGGGCAGGUAGGGAUGAAGUUUUCCGAACCCUGGGAAGGCCAGAGGCUGUCUUUUCUCCUGGAGAAGGCCGCCUCUAGGGAAGCCAAGAUGUGGAAGGUCUACGUGCCAAAGAAGCCCUCCUCACAGGAUACAGACGUCUCUCCGGCCCAGCGGGACGAGGCGGUGCGCUGGCUGACGGAGCUCCACGGUCGCCUGCAGCUGUACCCAGAGACUCUGGUGCUAGCUGUUAGCAUCCUGGACCGCUUCCUAGCUCCUAUAAAGGCUCGCCCAAAAUAUUUGCGCUGUAUCGCCAUCGCCUGCUUCUUCCUGGCUGCCAAGACCUGUGAGGAGGAUGAGUGUGUGCCGUCUCUGCGGGAGCUGGCAGGUACGAGCAGCUGUGGUUGUUCUCCAUCAGAGAUCCUGAGGAUGGAGCGAAUCAUCCUGGACAAACUGAACUGGGAUCUGCACACGGCCACGCCGCUCGACUUCCUGCACAUCUUCCAUGCGAUGGUGCUGUCCUGUCGGUCCAGGUUCCUCGAUGCCAUGUUGGGGAUGAACCGCUCCCAGCACCUCGCCCUGCUCACACAGCGACUGUACCACUGCCUGGCCGACCACACACUCAUACAGCUACGAGGAUCCAUGCUGGCCCUGGCCCUCAUCACCCUGGAACUGGAAACCUGCUGCCCCGACUGGCUCGCCCUCACCAUAGACCUGCUGAGGAGGACACAGAUUGACAGCUGUGAGCUGAUCCGGUGUCGAGAGCUGGUGGCUCGUAGUCUGUCCACACUGAGAGCUUCCCUGCCCCCCAACACUGUCUACAUCUACCAGCCCCCGGCCCCCCCGGCCCCCCCGCCCCGCUCCACUCUGGGGACCACCAGCUCCGCCACGGACUCCUCCAGCGACUGGCCCCUCCACGCCGCCGCCCCCGCCCAGCCUCACACACCCGCCGGCGGGGAGGGCAGCCGGCCCCCCCGGGUCCCGGCCUGCGGCCUCCAGCCCGGCCGACUGCAGACGCUCAGGCUGCGCUGCAAAGCCUCCGCCAAGCGCAAGGUGGAGGAGAUGGAGGUGGACGACUUCUACGACGGGAUCAAACGCCUCUACAACGAAGACUUCACUGCCGCCGCCAUCCAGGAGGGGGCGACGCCAGCGCUGCUGUUAGGAGGAGGAGGAGGAGGAGGAGCAGGAGGAGCAGGAGGAGGAGGAGGAGCAGGAGGAGGAGCGGAGGUCGGAGGAGGUCCGGGCGUCUGCAGUGUCCUGUUGUCCCGGCAGGAAGGCAGCACCUCCCCCUGCCCACCUCUGCAGCCCGUCAGCGCCUCCUAGAGGAAAAUAACCACCACGGCGUGACCCGUUUACCAAAACCACGUUAACACUGAGCCGGCCCGCCACGCCGCCCUGCCCGCCCCCUGCCCCGCCCCCUGCCCCGCCCCCCACGCCGCUCUGACUCCGCCCCGUUCAGUGGAACUGACAUUCCACUGGAGUUUAUUUAAAGCCCCGGCGCCGCGACGUCACACGCUCGCCACGAGCGACCACGGAGACACGAGGCGGCGGUUUCAUCAGAGCUGCCCGGGAGUCUCUCAGAGUGUCAACAACAACAACAACAGCGAGCGUGACGAUGAUGAUGAUGAUGAUGAUGAUGAUGAUGAUAAUGCCCCGGCGGCGGGACGGGUGACCUCGGCUGUUCCAGUGGUUUUGGGAGGCGGUGGCGGCGGCAGUGGCGGCGGCGGUGGCGGCGGCGGCGGGACCUGAGUGUCCGGCCGGUCCCGACGCCGCUUCCUGUCGCCCUGCAGCCCGAAAACAGAGCCCAAAAAAAUGAAUGAAAAAAAGCUGCUGCUAUUAUCUCAUUAAUUAUAUUUGUUCAACACAAACACAAAAGGUUAAAAAAAUUAUAAACAUACAUAAAAAGGCAAAAAUGUACCUUUAAAAAAAAAAGUAGAAUUGACUUUUUUGCCCUGUCUGUCUCUCUCUAUCUGUCUGUCUCUCUCUCUAUCUGUCUGUCUCUCAUUUUGACUCAUGUAAUGCUACUUUCUUUUCUCUCUCCAUUUAUUUGUUUUAUUCUGUCCUUUAUUCUUCUCUCUCUCUCUUCGUCCCUCGCUCACUGCGUGUCGUCUCUCCACCUGAAUGUCACGUUUCUGUUUGAUGAUUUUCUCUGUAUUUUAUUCGCCCAAGUAGAAAAAAAAGUUCUGUUUCUUUUUUUUUUAAGUGAAGUGCAAUUUGAUGGAUUGAUCGGAGAUGCUGCUGCAGAAUCUCCAGAAUGAGAAGCUCGCGUCGAGGCUCUGAGCUGAAGGAGUUUAAACAGCUGCUGCCUAAAGUGAGCAGCUGGUUGUGGUCCAGAUAAUUAAAAAUAAUAAUAAGAAAAAAAAGUGUGUUUUUCCUUUGUUAAAGCAGCCAAAUCAGAUCUGGACCACAGAGAGAUAUGAAGAAACCAGAAACCAGACAGAAGCAGAUUCUGUGUUCCUGUGUGAGUUAAAGGUGUUAAAUAUUUUGGAUUUGUCCAGAUGAGUCUUGACCUUCACUUUGCUGUUCACCACCUGAACGACGUGCUCUGUUUUAUCGUUGGAAGUUUUGUUUUACAUUUUUACUGCAAAAAGCAGCUCUGUUGUUCUGCUGCAGGGACGCAGGCGGCGCCGCCCGCCCAGCGCCACGCCGCCACGCCGCCGCAACAAUAAACACAAACACGUGUCCACAAGA